AUGCCUGGGCUGUCAGAUCCUGCAGACCUGGUGGCUGCGGGCUGGAGGAAACGCAAACGAGAUCAUGAAGACUCCGCAACAUUGGUUCGGCCCUCAGCGUUUGCGCCAUUCCGAGUAGAUCGCCCUGACCGGGAGACUUGCCCGUUACCCCUAUCUCGACAUCCAACGGACACUGGCGACCACUCCUUCCGCCCGCGCUGUUUACCUCGCAAGCGCCGACACGUUCAGCCCCCCUAUCUCACACUCCCUGCACAUCAACAAUCUUCUCUCCUCUCUCCCAACAUCUACGCCUCAGCCCAGGGUCCCUACUCCCCACCCGUGUCUCCCAGGACCGUCCCGAUCUCCUACCAGUCUACUUCGCCCUCCGCGCUUCGUCCCUGCCACAUUUGCCACCGUCGUCCCACAACGCGACAAGUCUUGGAUGCAUAUGCAGACUGUGACCUCUGUGGGGAGCGAGCGUGCUUCAUCUGUCUCCGCCAAUGUGAUGCUCCCGCCUGUCGUGGCGUUCCUGGGCAUCCAGAAACUCCCGGUGAAUCAGAUAUCUACAGUCCCGAGGGACCGUUCGAUCUGGAAAGCACAGAUUCUCGAAGGAAGAUCUGCUCGAGCUGUGCGGUGGAAGGGAUAACCGAGACAGGCACGGAAAUCGUCCAGUGCCUGGACUGCGUUCGCGGCCAUUCGGCAAACUGGCCGGCGGGCUCCAUGGCACCUGGAUGGACAUUGGAUGCCAUGAACCAUGACCGUAUGAUUGGAUAA